UGGAAAGUCUGAUGCGAAGUAAUGAAGGAUAGUUUAUGUUACCCAUUAGUGAUGUGCACGGCUCGGCUUGAGGCCCUGGGCCGGCCCAAGCCGGGCCCAAAUAAGCCGGGCCCAGCCCAGGCCUAAGUCACGGCCUGAGGAAGGCUUGGGCCUGGGCUUGAGUUUCGAAAAGCCUGAGCCGGCGGCCUAAGCCGUGGCUUUGGCAUGUUCAGUGGCACUCACCGGAGGUACGUUUCCCGACUCUAUUUUUGUCUUUCUAAGCUUCUGACUUCCAUCACUUUAUCAGCUUCAACUCAGAUGGUCCUGCACUGUCCAACAUAUCCAGCAAUUCACCCUCCUUCAAGGCCUUAUCUCUUGUCUGUUGCUACGGAAAAGCCACGGUUUCAGUUGCGCAAAUCGAUAUUUUUAGUAAAUUUAAAGCCUUUUGUGCUUCGCCUUCACAAGUGUCUGCGUGAUUGCGCACCCAGUACUAUCUUUCAAUCGAUUUAUGUUGAUGCCGAGCACCGUGUUGCACGUCCCGUGCGCAAAACGAAACCUACAGCCACCCUUCUUCAGCAUGCCGAGCAGGCAGCACUGCCAUCCCAAACCAAGGCAAUUAACGAGUUCCACGCUGCGGAGGCUGCUAAAUGUGCUGCUGAACAUACCUCCACUUCAUCCACUACCGAAAUCACGCAAUCUCCACCCACCUCUCCCAUACCAUCAGCGCCGUCUGUGAAAUGUGCGCUACGACACGAUCUUCUGUUCCGGGAGCCUCAACCAUCAUCUCUCGUUGAGUUGGAUUACCUGGACGACAAUGACGAAGAAGCGGAAGCGGACGCAGAGACUGGUGAUGUUGACAUGAUGCUUUUGGGUGAUGAUGCCGAGGACGUGUCGGAUGUUGAGAUGGACGUUUAGAUACGUUGUAUUCACGCUGUUGCUUGUUACUACUAGCCUACACUAAUGAGCAUCUGUUGGCUUCCAAAAGCCGCGGCCUGGUUGGGCCCAAGCCCCGGCUUUGGGCUGGCUUGGGCUCACGGCCUAGGCUCUGAAUUUUUGUGAGCCUAAGCCCUUCGAAGCCGAGCCUAAGCCGGGCCAGA